CGCCGGCUCAAUUAGACCGUCAAACGUUGUCAACACGGUCGUGUGGGUUCUGAUCAGAGCAAAUCUAUCUAUACGUGUUGUGUUACCGAAAAAAAAACAAUUAAUUAUAAUUAAUUAUAAUUAAUUUAACAAAUAUACACAAACAAAUACAUAUUUUAAUUUUAAAUAAAAAAAAAGUGAAAGGGGAAAAUAUAUUGGAUUGGAAGUCUAACACGAUCAAUUAUUUUGACAUAGGUACCAUCAGUAAUUACAAUUUUUGAAAAAUACGUUACUUUAUCCUUUUGUGCACGGAUGACUUUUUUUGUCUUAAAUUAAGUGAAAUGUUGAAAUGUUUUUGUCACAAAAAAAGUGUUAUAAUUAUAGGUAUACAAAAUAAAGUGUCUGAAGUUCAACAGGACUUCAAAGUCAUGUGCGGAGGAUUUUGACUUCAACAAGUGUCUAUUUUUUGUUUAUUAAUUUAAACACUUCAAAACUAAUGGAAUACACCUUGUAAAGCGAAUUAAACUUUGAGAAGUCCGUUCGAAAAAAGUUUCGCUGAAAAAAAAACAUGAACAACGCUGAAUCCAAAAGCAGCGGACAAGAAGAUCAUGAAAUUGCUCAACAUAAAUCAAUUUUCGUUCAUCAAAACACCGAUAGUAAAAAAACUGAUGAGAUACAUUGUCAACACGAAACUCGAGAGCAAGAGCACUUCAAUGAUGAGCAAAGCAGGCAAUCAAACAAAUCACAUCCACCUGUUUAUGAUUCUGACACAAGGAAUGCAAGUACUAAUUCUGCAACAAAUUCUUCAACGAGUCGAAACAAAAGAAAAAAUUUCAAUCCUCGCCCAACAGCAUUCGAUGCGAAUUCUUUAAUGAAUCUUAAUUCUUCAAGAAUAUUAAAUAACAACAUAGUUCAAUCACCGAAGUUACCUAAACCUAUAUCACCUUCGUCAGCAUUAUCCACCAUUCCACCAACUACAGGGUCUUUCGCUGAUAGAGGCUUUUUUUCAGAAUCUUUAGAUUUUAGUACCGUUUCGCAGCAAUUAACACAGUAUCAUCCAUGGUUGCAAAUGUUUAAUCAAUAUGAACAAUUAGUGAACGCAGCAGGAUUGAAGGGGAAUCAACAUCAACAGAUAACGGCGUCAUCAGUUACUAAUGGUCAUCAUUUCAGACCAAAUUCUGCAUCAUUCUCCAAUUUUAGGACUGCUACUAAAAUACUUGAAUGGGCUGAUAAAUUCGGAAAAAAUGAAUCAACAGAAACAGCAAUUCGUGAUAUCUUGAAAGCUUAUAAAGAAAAUCAACACCUGGAUGCUAAUAGCAGUGUAAAUAUACCAACAGAAACAGAGCCACCUACGCCACCGACAACCCCCCAAACGACAUGUCAUUUUAGCUCACGAUCUGCAUCAGCAAACGAUAAUAACGAUCAAGUCCCUCACCAAUCGCCUGUAUGCGAAAGUUUCCAAAAUUACCAAGAAACUCAAAAUUCAUCAUCAUUAUCACCACCGCCGCCACAGUCAAAUGCUGAAUACACUAAUAGUUCUGAAAAUCAUAAUGAUUGGACGACAACUAUUUCUGAACAACCAUCGAAAAAGACCGAAUGUGAAGUUCACGAAGAUGAUUAUCUAGCAAGAUCCGCAUCUGGUCAAAGCUAUCACAAUGAAGGUUCCGAUUAUGAUCGGCGCGAAGGAAUUGAAGAUUUAAACGAACCAAGUGCACAUACAAAUAUUCGUAAAUGGAAUGAGGAUUUUAAAAAAAUCGAUAAAUCAAUAAAAAACGAAGCUGACGAUACUAUAGCGGUUGUUGAUGAUGAUGGCGAUGGCGAUGGAUAUGUUGAAAAUAAUAUUUACGAUGACGACUAUCCACCUAGUUCACCAAAUUAUUUUCUUGACUCUCCAAACGCUGUAGAUGAUGUACGGGACGAUGAGGAUGAUGAUGAAGAUGAAGAUGAAGAUGAUGACGACAAUGAUAGUUAUAGAUUGAAUAUGCUUUGUGAUGAAGAUCAAUCGGAAGCAGAUGACCAACAACUUCAACAUCAUCCUAUUGAAGAAGCUGGAGUACAUUUUUAUAGUACGGAAGCUGACAGUAAUAUAAUUUCUAAUCCAGAUCUAGUUAAGGAUCUUCAUGAGAGUAAUACUCAAGCCGAAAAAGAUAGCACUUGCAGUAACAGUUCAUCAAGGAUAUCAGUUAGAAAUUUGGGAGGAUUCUAUGAACAAGGUCAAAUGAACUUAAUACCAUCAAAACUGCCUACUGGAAUCGAUGAAAAAAACAUGCAUUCAGAUUUUUUUCAAAAUAUGAAUAAAUUUACAUCCUACCUUGAGUGUCUGAACGAAAUGUGUAGGUUGGAAAAUCUGCGUGAACACUAUCAUUGCUAUGAUUACCCCUGUUUUGGUAAAAUUCUAUCGAAAAAAGAAGAAGUCAUCCGACAUGUUAAAUGGCAUCGUAAACGAAUGGAGAGCCUUAACAAUGGUUUUAUGCGUUUUUCAUCAUCAGAUGAUUGCAGUACCACUUUUGGGAUCCAUUGUCAACAUAAUCGCAAACAAACUCACUACCAUUGCUUCCAGCCAAACUGCGAUCGAGUUUAUAUUAGUACGAGUGAUGUUCAAAUGCAUUCGAAUUUCCAUCGAAAAGACUCAGCAAUUCAUAAGGAAGGUUUUCAACGUUUUCGAGCAAAUGAGAAAUGCAGUGCAGACUAUUGCAUGUUUGCUGGCCAAAAAACAACACAUUUUCAUUGCCGGCGAGACAACUGUUGUUAUACAUUUAAAAAUAAAGCUGACAUGGAAAAACACAAAACUUAUCACAUUAAAGAUCUUAAACUGGCUCGAGAUGGUUUCAAAAAAUUCCUCAAAAACGAAGCGUGUCCCUAUAAGCAAUGCAAAUUUUCAAAAGUCUGUAAUCACAUACAUUGCGCCCGCGAAAAUUGCUUUUAUGUUUUACACUCGAGCGGUCAACUGCUGAGUCAUAAACGAAAACACGAGAGAAUCGAUAACGAACAAACAUAUUGCCGUUACAAGAUGCUAGCUGUAAAGGCAGCUUUGAUGAGAAAUCCAAAUUCUGCAGCAGCAGCAGAGUCAAUCAGUGCAGAGAUGCCUGCACUUAGUUUAAGAAAAUCAAUGGAACAAUUAAAAGAUCUUGAAUCGAAUUCCAUAAAACCGGUAUCAAUCUCAGAAUCUUUUUAUUUAUCAUCCCCAACCCCAAAGAUAGAGCCGACAUUUCGGAACAAGGAAGAUGAUACUCUUGAUGCAUCGAUAUCAGUUAUGUCGGUAGAGUUUCUUCAACAAAUGAAAAAGAGACACCAAGAAAUCCUGAAUCAAAAAACGCUCCCUGAGGAGGAACUUAUGCAUAAAAACGUCAGCAGUCCUGAAGUUUCUAUGUUUCCAGUUAUUAGAAAAACAGACAGUCCCACUCAGUAUGAUAUGGGACUAAAACCUAGUCAUCUGACUCCAUCUGUCAUUGAGCAAUUUUUCACAUCAGUUUGUCCAGCAAAUACGGAAAAAAAAUCACAAACAUUGGAUAAAAAAUGCAGUACCGAAAAAGGCAAUGACUGUCCAUGGAAUGAACACUCUGAACCACAUUUGCAUUGCAUAAUUAAAGGCUGUAAAACUGUGACGCCAAAUAAUUUUCUAGACAUAUCUGCGCACAUUCGAAUGCACGGCUAUAAUCGUGAUUUGUAUGCCACAAGCAUCAGUGGGGCUGCAACAAGCCCAACACCAAAUUCCAAUAAAUCCAUGCAAAUCACAACAAUUGACGGUUUUUUUAAUCGAAAACGUGGUCGUCCACCAAAAAACCGUUUUGUUGAGGUUUAUAAGAAUGCACAACAAUCACCUCAGGCCAUAUUCACAAGUUUUAAGCUCGAAAAACAAGUAGCGGGAAAGGAAAGUCUCGAUCCAGCAUUAACCCCUGCACAACAACCCUGCUUUGAUACUUCUGCCUGCUUAACAGGGCAGCAGAAUAAACAGCAAAGAGAAGAAGCUUCUUUACAUCUUUUCUUAUCACCCCCACCAACCAGUUCACAAAUUAUUGUUUGCAAUCAAAAUGAAAAUUGUAAUGUUACAGGCACUCGCUGCCCUCUAACAAUGCAGCAACAUUAUCAUUGUGCUUCUGAGCCAGAUUGUAGUUUUGUAGCCUUGGAACGGGAUCUCCUAAGGACGCAUCUUGAACGACAACACACUUCAAUUUCGAAUGCUGAUACCAUAAGCAAAAAAUUUAAACGCUUUGAUCCCGAUAUUGGCCUGUAUUGUGGGAUUAUUGGUUGCAGACUAAGAAAAACCCGGCCUCAUCUUCAUUGCCGCAAAUGCUAUCGGCAAAUAUCACCAUUUGAUAUAGAAACACAUAAUUGUGGUGAAAUGUUAGUUCAAACCGAUAUUCCCAAAAACGACCAACAAUCCUCGCCAUCUACAGCAGGAGGCAAGAACACUUCACGUUUACCACCGGUUACUUUUUCUACACUCAAUGAAUUGAGACGAAAAGUUUCGGAAAUGGAACCAGAAUGUGGUAGUUCAUAUGUAAAGCGAAGUCAUGAAGAUGAAAAAGUUGUGGUCGUUCGAGCAGCCGGUACGUAUUUUCCUGAAAAAAAAGCCCCUCAUAGUAAAUCUCCGUCACCAGCUCAACAGCGUCAACCAGGAACGACGGAAAGUUUACAAAGCUCGGCUCCAAUUCCAACGCAUGCGAUUUAUUGUUCGACGCCAUUUUGUAAAAAUGCACUGCAUCCACAUGAUCACUGUGAUACCUGCGAUCAGGCAUUUGUUGAUCCUGUAAAAUGGAGAGCCCAUCGACUUAAACAUUUGCAGGAGUCAAAUCAACCAAUACCAUUUCAUCUGUCACAUUUUUUAGAGCCAGAGGAAUCGAAACCAGAGAUUGCAAUUGGAUCUUCGGCAAACUGUAAUGACGAGCAACCUCAAGACCUUAGCGUAUCUCCAAAUACAACAAUAACACCUACUACACUACUCGACGAACGAAUUAAAAUCUACAGAGACUCUUUUCCCACUUCACCUCCAGUAGCACUACCACCACAAGGCAAUCCAACGCCCGGGCAUUUACUUAACUAUUUUUCACAAGAUCUCAUGUCGAGCGUAUCGUUACAAAAUUUUCACCUAGCUCAGCUGGCCACUUUGUAUCAACAAAAUCCCUACUAUUAUCAGCAUCUGUACCCAUUUCUUAGCAACUCGAUAGCUUUGAAUCGACAGCACCCGCAAAAUCGGCCGCCAGGACAAACGUACGAAACUACAGACAAUGAAGAUAAACGAAUGUACCUACCACCUUCAACAGAAGGUCUCAAGUCGCAACCAACUAAAUCUGUUAUUCCUGGUCUCCACCCAGGAUCCUCAGAACAUAUUCCAUUUUUAAAUCCAUUCAUAAUGGUUCGUUCUCCAAUAGAUAGACCUCAAUCCAAAGCACCACAAAUGAUAUCUUCCAAGCCGUCUGGAGUGCUGAUGUCUUCAGCAUCUGCUCCUAAAUUUGAAGCUACGAAGCCGCACAAAAGAAAGCUCACAAAUGACAACGAAGAAUUCAGUACAUUAAUUGAUGCAUUGUUACCUUCGACAAAAAAACAAGUACAAUUUGCAGCAGCAUUAGCUGCACCUGCUGCUUCCAAUCCUCAUCCUAGUCAAAUUGGAUGCCUGACGUCGUCUUCCACUCGAAGCAUUCACGACCAACAGCACUUCAAGCUCAGAGACGAACAAAUUCCCAAUGGAUAUUUAAAAUUCCGAUUCAACGAGGAUUGUUUCUUUCAAAAGUGCGGCUACCGCAACCAUCAGUCACAUUUCCAUUGUGAUCGAAACGAUUGCCAUUAUAGCUUCUGUGAUAAGACUCGCUUUGUUCAGCAUACAGCCAGACAUGAGCGUUUAGAUAAGUUAAUGGGAAACGAUUUUCGCCAAUAUCGCGCCAACAUGAGUUGUGGCUAUGAAAAUUGUGCAUAUUUCAAAAACUUAGGUUCAACAAACAAGUCUUCACAUUUCCAUUGCCUUAAAUGCGAAUUUAUAUGCUCCGAUACGAACAAAGUCGUCGCCCACAGACGCCAACACAAUAAAAUGGAGUACAUCCGAAUGGCCGGUUUUAGAAAAGUAACCAAUAGCGAAAAAUGUGAUUCGACCUUUGAAACAACCGUUGCGACCAGUGGCAAUGAGUUACCCGGGACCGCUGAGUGUAGUUAUAGUCAAAAGCAGACACACUAUCAUUGUUUGGUUUGUGACGUAAGUGUAUUGUCAAAAGCACAAUUAAGUUCGCAUAAACACAAAACAUGAAGUUUCGGAGGAUCAAAAUUUAUAUUUUAUUUUUGUGAAUACAUUUUUAUCCAUAAAUAAUUAUAAGUAUACUUGUAUAGUUCUUAAGACAUUAUUUAUUUUGUUCUUUCUUUAAGAUUAUGACAAUUGAUUAAACAAACAAAUAAAACAAAAACAAGAAGACAAAAACCGGUAACUGAAUCUGUAUAUAAACAAAUAAACUUAAAAAUCUUGUGGUAUGCACAUCAAAAAUAAUAAAUUUUGUAUUUUUCUUAUCAAAAAUAUUUCAGAAUGGGAGAGUGUAAUAUGCCAAUAUGGAAUAUACAAAAAACUUGAAGUGUAUUGCGAAAAAUAAUGAGUUCUAAGAAUACGUCAAGUUAUAA